AUGGCUACAAAGAGCACAUAUAACUGGAUGACGGAUGAGCGGUUCAGGUCAUGUUUCACGGGCCUCGGAAAGCUCAAGAACCACACAGUGUUUCUGUACCUAAAAGAGAACGCAAAGCCGUACAUAUCGCCGCCAAGACCCCAACCGUUUUACCUUCGAAACAAGAUAGAUGAGGCGGUCAAUCAAAUGCUGAAAGAAAAGGUCAUAGAAGAGCACAGUGGCCUGGCGGAAUGGGUCUCAAACCUAGCAGUCAUAUUUAAAGAGGGGGGCCAACUACGCGUCACAGUCGACCUCCUGGGGUUAAACUCGGAACUCAGAGACACCAGGAUCCCAAUCCCAACCCCAGAAAGCAUCAAGGCGAAGCUCUCAGGGUGUAAGGUGUUCUCAAAACUGGAUUUCAAGCAGGCCUUCCACCAACUCGUCCUGGACCCGGCAUCAAGGCGCCUAACAGUCUUCAGGAACGGGCCCAAGCUUUACCGUUAUAAAAGACUGUGCAUGGGACUUAAGCCGGCCUCGGGCGAACUCUCAGCGGCGUGUGCUAAGGCGUUCCGUGGGCUCAAGGGGGUCUUCAUCAUCCACGAUGAUGUAGUGGUGGCGGCACUGACAGUGGAGGAACACAAUGCUAACCUGUGUGCCUUCCUUGACAGGGUGUCGGUCAUGGGCAUGACCCUCAACCCAGAAAAGUGUAUACUCGGGGCAAAAUCCAUCAGGUUCUGGGGGGUCUUGGUGGGGCAGAACGGCAUCUCACCAGACCCAGAAAAAAUAGAAGCACUACAAUACGCACGAACCCCGACGUCAAAAAAGGAACUAAUCUCGUUCCUCUGCAUGGCAAGAGCAAACCAGGACUUCAUCCCAGCCAUGGCCAGCCGCACAUCCUCCCUCAGAGCCCUGACUCACAAACACGCCCGCUUCAGGUGGGAAGCCCGCCAUAAGGAAGAAUUUCAAUCACUCUGUGGUGCACUGUCAGGCUCCAUUGGCCUAGCUUUCUUUAAUCCAAAACUCCCAACACACGUAAUUGUCGACGCCCACACGGAUGGCCUCUGUGCCAUUCUGGCACAGGGAGAUACGCCCCUAAGCGGUCAGGCAGUGGCUGUUGCAUCGAGGGCCACAUCGGAGGUGGAAAAAAGGUACCCACAAUUGGAUUUAGAAGCCGUGGCAGUCGACUUUGGACUCAGAAGGUUCCGCCCAUACCUCAUCGGCAACCCAAACGUGGUGGUCCACUCGGACCACAAACCACUGGUCCCAAUCUUUCGGAACUCUAGACAGGGAUCUAUUCGAAUUGAGAGGAUCAAGUUAAGGCACCAGGAUAUCACAUACCGCAUCCAGCACCUCUCAGGGGUGACAAACCCAGCGGACUUCUGCUCGAGGAGCCCCAUCCCAUGGCACAAAUUACCACGCAACAUCAGAAGUGAAGCAGACGAGCCUGAGCGGCUGCUCUACCAUUUCCACGUUGGGGGCAUUGUCUCAACAGUGGGACGGGGCACCAUCGUGGAGGCGGCAAGGAGGUGCCCGGAAAUGUCGUCCCUUGCCAAGUACAUUCAGCAUGGGAAAAGGGGAAAAACCCCCACGAGCAUAUUGCAGUAUGCCAAGGUCAUGGAGGAGCUCUCGGUCGCCUAUGGGGGUACAGUCUUCAGGGGAACCCGGAUGGUCAUUCCGGUUCAGGUUCGUCGGUUGGUCAUGGAAAACGCUCAUGGGCCGGCGCAUCUCGGCAUAUCAGCAAUGAAACGUCGCCUCCGCGCGGCGGUUUGGUUCCCUGGAAUGGAUACAUCCAUUGAACAAUUCGUCAAAUCAUGCAAUAAGUGCCAAAUCUUCACACCAGCAGCCCCAAGCAAUACCGGACUUACCGCGGCCUCCCCGCCCCACCCAUGGUACAAUAUCUCGGCGGACUAUUUUGGCCCUAUUCCGGAUGGCAGGCACAUCUUAGUGGCCAGGUGCGACCUGACCCGUUUCCUGGCAGCGCUAUUCGUACGGACACCAUCAACAGAACACACCAUUGGGGCUUUUCGCCACAUAUUUGGCAAGUAUGGGGUUCCCACGGGGCUGCGGACGGACAAUGGGGCGGCAUUCACCAGCCAGGCCUUUGCCCGGUUUGUGGAUGAGGUCGGUAUAGUGCACUCGUUGUCUCCCCCUUACCACCCACGGAGCAACCCGGCUGAGUGUGCCAUGAAGGUGGUGGGCAAAGCCAUCAAAAUGUCCGACCAAACGCCGGCGGGAAUGGAACAUGCGCUGAGUGAAACGCGUUUUCACACCCACAAUAUUUGGGGGAAGCAAGGCGGUUCUAUUACGCGAUAUCUUAAUAUUGCGUUGUGCGUCACUCAACGGUCCCAUCACAGACCAACCAAGUUUUGUCUCAAUAGCGUACGGAGCCAGAGGAUUGGCCUCAUUGCCCACAAUCACAGCCAAGGGUCGAAGAGCGGCGGGAGUAUCAGCACCAAUUAG